GCUCGAAUGCGUCGGCGACUCAUGUGAGACGAUGGUGGAACGUUCGAAAUCUGAAUGCGAUCCGUUCCUUCGUUUGGAAUGUGCCUGCCAUCAGGAGGAGUAUCUGCUGUCCUAGAAAAGAGAGUCUACAACACGUGCACAAUCUAUAGAGAUAGGGAGUGGGCCCUUGAUUGGGUGGGGGGGUUACGCGAGGCGGGAUGUGGGGCCGCUAUGUUUCUGAAGAACGCCUCAGGUGACGACUGGUUCUGUGUUGGAGGGAUUAUUAAAUCCGAGGAUGAGAGGGUGGACAGGCACGGACGAAAGUUCAGGAGGUUUUUCCUCACAACGGUGUUCGACGAACAAGGAGUGGACCAUACGAAGGCCGACCGUAAAGUCAGCCUUGAUUACAAUCUGUUCAAGGGGUAUGGCGGUAAGGCUAUUACCAGGAAAGCCUUCGAUGUGUCCCCGAAAGAAGACGUGAGUGUGUUGACCAUGCUUGGCACUUUGAAAUUCCUCGCCAAAACGAACGGCUACAGGAGAUCCGGAAACAGUCCCACGGUUGAGGCCGGGCAUCAUAUAUCCCCGACAUUCGUGCCUUUUGACACGCCGGACGAGGAUCUUCCCGGUAUAGCAAUGACAGAGAGACAGAGGACGCCACAUAGUUUUCCAACGCAGCAGACGUCAGCGACUGGGAGCCGGCGCCGCAACAAACAGAGUCAGCCGCGUCGUCCACCAGGCGAGGAUGAGCAUGGUCCUCCUGUGGGUUCGUCCCGCCGGAUGGAGUGUGCUGGACCGUCUCAACCGUCCAGCCGGCAAGACCAAGGCACGCCUGUCAUCACAUACCAAAGGAAGGCCCUGGCAACUCGUCCCUCUCCCAGUUGCCAGAAGGACGAAGGUGGUGCGUCCAGGAAGGCGACGCUGCGGGAGAUAAGCGAAGGAUCGUACGAGGAAACGAAGGACGAUUCUAGGGUAUGCGUUGAUCGACAUCCACAGGGUAAUCAUGCCGUCGACGAUGACGAAUGUGGUGUCGAAGAGGACGACGUCGGAGAGGAGAACAACGAGAGGGAGAGAGAGAGAGAGGAUUGUGAGGAAACUAUGCAUGACUGCGAGGGUGGGGAGUAUCAACAAUACUAUGAGGAGGACGACGAGGGCGAUCGAGAAAACGAUCAUGCCUAUCCUGUAGGUGAUGACGAUGGACGACAAAAGCGGUCGGCUGAUAUGGGGGUCGACGACGCAACAGGAGAGCGGCUGGAGACCAGUGUCCAGAAAAGGAAGCGACAAUCUUCAACAAGUCCAACGGCGACGGCGGAUAAGCGCGCUGCGAAGAAACUCACUGUCGCUGCAUCUCGACAGGCGCUCAAAGCUUCUCAAGAGGCGGUCGCUGAAAGCGUGAAGAAACGAAAAGGGUCCGCGUCGACAAGGGCGACAAAAGCGGAGAAACGUCCACCGAAAAGAAAGCAGAUGGUGGAUGAGGGUGACUCUAGAGAGGAUGCCGAAGGGGUUCCUCCAAGAGAUGUGUCGGAACAGACACAACCUUCCGCCGACACCCGUGGUGAAGCCAUCGACACAACACGGUGCUUCUUCUUGGAGUUCGAUGAAGAUGGGCUUGCAAAGAAGAAAAGGGAACACAUUGAAGUGAACGUCACAAAGAUCUUGCCAAUCCCUGAAGGUGACAUCCUCUUCAACCAUAGAACGUUGGACGAAACGUUGGUGCCGUCCAUAUAUAAUGCGAUCCAUCAUGCGGCCAAGGAAACCAACGGGAAGUGGGAUUUCAUGACUUUCAUCCUGGCUCCCAUUGUGCCCAACAGGGACGGGUCUCAAGGCAGACGGAUCACACCGGAGCAAUUUGACGUCGAACUGGCUCAUACAUACAACUGGUAUGUUGUCGCUGGCCAGCACACGGCUGAGGCAAUGACCAGACUCAUUAAAGACAAGUCACCGGCCGACAAAGUGUAUGGCUUGAGGUCAUACUCUCACGUACGUGUUGUCUUCUUUGACCAUGACAGAAAGAGAGGAUAUCUGUACGCCUCGACGCUCGACAACACGAGGGAGGAGUGUUCGAUCCCGAGAUCGUUUUCGUCAUCUGUGCGCCAAAUCAGAACAUUUUGGGAUAAGAGGAAUGGCCGGAUCCGUCCGCCAGGGACCGUGUCCCUGAAUGACGUCGAGGGAAUGAAACAGAAAAAGAAAUGGGAAGAGUUCAUGAACGCCGCCUGCAAAAUGACACCUGAUUCCGGUCUCAUCAACUCGUCCCUGGAGAACGACUACUGCAAGGACUGGACGAACAAGAUGCGCGGAUACAUGAAUCUUGCGCAAUGCGGCGAAACAGUAUGGCCACGAGUAGAGAAAUUCUUCGACAUGUAUGAGAAGGGGCUAUUGCCGCGAGUCGACGGUCAGGAAGGGGCCAUCAGGCGCAACUGUGUCUAUACCCGACUUGACGCCAACAAUCUUAAAGUUUUCGGCGAUAUGACAGCGAGAGAGAAGCAAGUGGCGCUUCACCACAUGAUGCGUGGUGAUGUCAUCGUGACAUCGUGUUCGGUACCUCGUGGUAGAUGCAACAUGGCGGACCUGGUUAAAUAUAAUCGGCGUGAAAGAUAUAUGGUCCGUAUGUUCAACUACAUAUUGUUCAAGGCAAAGGGGAGGUCAAAAGAAGAGUGGAGCGCUGACUUUUUCAUCGGUAAUACGACCAUCUUGGAGAGGUACAACAAAAAUGGUCUGACGGACAAGAAAUGGACCGAGGAACGCGACCGCAUCCCUGACGACAAGGCGAGGAAGGUGCCGAGGCGUUUGGGCGGUCCUGAUGAGAUUAAUGGUGAGAACGGUGCGGGACUGGAGGCAACCCAAGGCAUGUACAAGGAAACCCCGUUCCACCUCAAGUGUUUCAUCUACGAGGCAAUCGAAUGCUUGGACGACCUGAGAGCGGAGGUUAAUUGGAUAUCCUCCAGUGCUUGUCACAUCUUUUGGGAAGUGGGGAAGAGGAUUACCACAAUCCUGCCAUUUGAAAUCGAACUGAAGGGAGUGCUCACGGACAACGAGGAGGUUGUUGGUACGGCGAGGGGGAUGAAGAUACGGGCAACCAUUCUUGAUAUGUCAAUAUCACCGAAAUGUAGUGUGUACAACCAGGAUGAUGUUGAGGUGCUCACAGGGUCAUGGUACAGACACUAUACACCUUCGACAACCUUGAAAAAGUACCGCAACAUUGCAGUUCGGUACACUGACAUGAUGGCUAUUGUCCUCCACGCCGAGAACGACAAUUUGGACAAUAUAACGGUUGCGCCGAAAUUGCGAGCUGAGUUGACAAAUUUGAACGUUGAAGAGGGUGAAUUUGUGAGGUGCUUAGGGGAGUGUAUCGGCGUGGAGGGCGAUACCGACGCGGUUUAUUCUUGGAUGGAACGAGAGCCAGCACGUCUCCGAAAACUGUGCAGCUCGUUCAUCAGGGAGGACGAUGGCGUGAUGCUGUUGGGCAGGGCGCAUGCAGGACUGAUUUGGGAACUCGCUCGCGCCGGACACCACGUGUUUGCGUGUGACGACACGGCGAAAGAGCUCACAUACCUUUCAAAGUUUGUGGAGUUUUAUGUGAAGGAUCCGAGGAACAAAUGCAGGUUCGAAAAGCCCCAAGUCAAGCACCGCAAGGACCGGGACAUCUACUAUAAGCUCGGCAGGAAGAGGGAGAAAGUGUGGGCUUACUUGUUCGGUGACGCUCCACGGUCGGCGGUCGAUAACGACUACGUCAUCAAGAAAAGUGAACUCGAGAUAGCAAUGAACGAGUACCACGAAUCGCCCAUGAGUGCUUUCCACAUGUUCGUCGCACGUUGUGAGCAUUUGUAUUUCAAUAUGAAGAAAAGAGCACUGUCAUGCAGGGACUAUGCGGACUUGGCACGUAAAGCGGGGAACUUCAACAACAUCGAUUGUGACGAAGAUACGUCAGACUCCGACCUGGACGUUCCGUCGCGCGAGACACUACGUUCGGCGCAGGGAGCACGUGCCGAGGAGCCGCAAGGGAGUACCAACGCAGAUGCGGAAAAGGCGAGGUCGAGUUUGGGAGUGACACAUGCUAGUGAGGGAGACGUGGAACAUAGAAUGAAUGCAAGGGGAGAAAAGAAUGGUGUACCAACGAACCCGGCCGAGCAGCGAACGCUCAUGUCGAUGGACAUAGAUGAAGAUGAAGACAUGGAUCUGACAGCUGUCAUGCCGAAGCUCGUGCCAGGAAAACCGUUACCUCAAGGCUUUGCUCAAGACCCUUCAGUGCCAUACUUGGUGCAAGACAAGUACAAUGAGUCAUCAGAGGAGGACUGGGGUCAUCAUAUUCUCUGGCAUGAGGGCGUGUUUGAACCGUGCGUGUUUGCGGGCAAGUGGCAAAUGACUGUGAAGACAAAAGACCGCGGGUGGGUCGCGAAGGAAAGAAAGGACGCUGCGAUAUGGCACAGCGUGACGGAGACGUAACUUUUUCGGCGGGUUGCACAAGAAAAUGUCGGUGCAACCGAGGUGGUUGUAGCGACAAAGGCGAAAACUUUGUUUAAGCAUCUGCGUGCGAACAAACAACUAGAAUUCAGCACAAAGUUCUACGACCUUGCAUAAAGUGUGUCGUACGGUUCCAUCGAUUGGAAAAUCAAACAAGCGUCGGCAGUGCAAGAAAUCGAUAGCAUCACCUCUCUGAAGACUCAAGACGUCAUCGCGUCUAACACCAUCGUUGCGAUGGCCUGAGGGGAUGCAAGCUGCGAAACGGACACACGUGCGAACGAAGGUCACAUACAGAAUGAACAGUUGCGAGCAUG